UUGGAAUUAUAUGAAACAGGGGAGAUAAUCUAUUUCUGCAUCCGGGUCUUACGAGACUUGGCUAAGGUGUCUGCCGGGUGAAGGGCAAAAUGUUGUCGUCCAUUGCAGUUCGGUCGGGAGUUUUCGGGACUUUGUUGAAGAACCACACACCAUUUAGAGUUUUGGCUGUAAUACCAGCAGGGUCACGAUCAAAAAGUGAAGUUGCUAAGCAGAUCGAGCAAUGGGAUAAGGCCCAACAGAUUUUCUAUGGGCCUGAAAGGGACACAAAGAAUUUUCCACAUCCUGUACAGCCUGUUGAGAGUGGCAAAGUUCGCCUGGGCUUUAUACCAGAGGAAUGGUUCCAGUUCCUUUAUCCCAAAACCGGUGUCACAGCUGUUGCUUUCAGGUCCUUAUCUCCUAGGCAUUGGCUUUUGACUACCCUUUUGUCCAAAGAAAUUUGGGUCGUUGACCAUGGCUUUGCAGAAGUCAUUGGUUUCUAUGGAGCUAUCUUUGUGCUCACUAAAACAGUUGGUGGUCGUCUGGCCAAAUGGAUGGAUGACAAAAAUGACAAAGUCAUUGAAGAACGUUAUGCAAAACCUGUAGAGAAAGCAAAGGCUAUGUGCCAAGAAGCAGUCAAGGCAAAUGAGCAAGCUAUCUGGCAGGAAGAAGGACAGAAAUACCUGUGGGAAGCUAAGAAGGAACAUGUUGCACUGCAACUAGAAGCAGCUUACCGCCGAAGACUGGAUCAAGUGUACAAGGAGGUUAAAAAUAGGCUGGACUACCAUAUGGAAGUGCAGAGCGUUAAGCGACGGUUUGAGCAGCAGCACAUGGUCAACUGGAUAGUGAAAAGUGUCAAGCAGAGCAUCACUCCUCAGCAAGAACAAGAAAAUAUCCGGAGCUGCAUUGCUACCUUGAAUUCCCUUGCUAAGACAGCUUGAAUACUUUCAAAACAUUAAGAUGUUCAUUCAAAGAGACAUUAACAUAGAACAUAGAAAUAUGUGAUCUUUACGUGGAAACAGGUGAAUCUAGUAUGCAUUUCACCCUUUUAGUUGUCUUCUUGAUGUCUUUUCAACUAAAGUAUUUUAAUACUGUUGAAAGAUUUGAUUACACCAAAUAAAUUGUUACAGUAAGAA